GCGCGGAGGGACCGACCGCUCUCCGCCGCAGCUCCUAUAAAAGGGGCGCCGUCGUCGGAAGAGGCAUCAGUCAUUCGUUGCAUCCGGCACACACACGAGCAGCGAUGAGGAUCGUGUCGACUUUAGUUUUUCUGGCGGUGUGUACCGUGUCCCUUGCAAAGGAAGAUGGCACUAAGAAAGAAGGAGGCAAGGCGGCGAAGAACGAAAAGCGAGGGCUGUUCGGCCUGGGAGACGGCGGCUUCGGCGGCGGAUACGGCGGCGGCUUCGGAGGCGGCCACGACUUUGGAGGCGGCUUCGGCGGCGGCGGCUUCGGAGGCGGACACGGAGGAGACCUGGGUGGAGGCUUCGGAGGCGGCUACGGGGGAGGACUCGGCGGAGGCUUCGGAGGCGGAGUUGGCGUCAGCGAAGGCAAGAUCAAGGCCAUCACCAUCACCAAGGAAGUGCCCGUGCCUGUUCCACAGCCGUACCCCGUCACAGUGGAGAAGAAGGUCCCCUACCCUGUGAAGGUCCCCGUGAAGGUCCCCGUGGACAGGCCGUACCCCGUCCCUGUGCCGAAGCCGUACCCUGUCCCUGUUGAGAAGCCGGUGCCCUACCCGGUGAGUGUACCCAAGCCUGUCCCUGUGCCCGUGCCCCACCCUGUGGUGGUGAAGCAGCCUGUGCCAGUCGUCGUUAAGGACAGUGGGUACGGAGGCGGCUUCGGCGGAGGUUUCGGCGGAGGUCUUGGCGGAGGCCACGGCAGCUUCGGCGGAGGAUUCGGAGGAUCGUCUUUCGGUGGUCACGGAGGAUACGGAGGUGGCGGCUUCGGUGGACACGGAGGGUUUGGCGGUGGCAGCUUCGGCGGUCACCACUACAGAGAGAAAGAUCCAAUCUAUAAACACAGACUUGCAGCAAAGAAUAAAAAUGUUACCUUACCAGUAGUUGAUUAUUCUCCGCAGUCCGAGUCUUUCUCACAAUCUCUACACAGACGGGCAGACAACACGCCGGCGGAUUUUCGCAAUUUCAGUAUAAAAGAGGCACCGUCCACUCCACGUUCAUCAGUGAGGUCCAUCUUUCUACUGGAUUACUGCUACUGUGCGACGAUGAAGACUCCGGUGUGUGCUGUACUUCUUUCAUUGUUCCUCCUGGUGAGAGGAGAAGACGCAGAACCGAAAACAGAAGGAAGGGACAGCAAGACGCAGAAGCGAGGAUUACUAGGCCUAGGUUUUGGGGGAUACGAUACUGGUUAUAUUGGACAUGGUGGAUACUACGGAUCAAGCUAUGGCGGAUAUGGCGGCUACGGAGGAUACGGCGGGUAUGGCGGAUACAACGCCUAUGGAGGAUACACAGGCUUCCCCAGUAGCUACGGCGUGAAGACGGUGACCAUCACGAAGCCUGUCCCCGUGCCGUAUCCGGUGACCGUGGAGAGGAAGGUCCCCGUGCCUGUCAAGGUUCCAGUCACGGUGCCCGUGGUGAGGCCAUACCCUGUCAAGGUACCCCAGCCAUACCCUGUGCCCGUACCCAAGCCGGUACCCUACCCAGUUUCCGUGCCAAAGGCAGUGCCCGUGCCAAUCCCGCAGCCCGUAGUGGUCAAGCAGCCAGUCCCAGUUGUCGUCAAGAGCACGGGCUUUGGAGGACUCUACGGUGGCUUUGGACACUCUGGAUAUGGCACCAGCUACGGUAGCUACCUAGGACACUCGGGAUAUGGCAGCCUUGACUACUUUGGUACCAGUGGCUUCGGUCACCACUGAUGUACUGGAAAACAUAGAGUUUAACACACAGUUUCUAUAAAUGCUCACAUCUAAGCGUGUGUCACACCGGCUGCAACAUCAGCUUAUCAACUAAUUACUACUCUUGUACUGUCUGCAACCAUGAACUGCAUUACUACUAAAAGAUGAAAGCCAAUUGUCAGUGUACAGAUUGUUGUUUGCCGAUAAUAUUAAUCCACUGUCAAGUGAAACAUUUGUAUUAAAUUUAGUGUAAUCAUAUAAAUAGAGUAAGGAUAUGUGUUGUAAAUUACUAAAUAAAC